AUGAGCGAGAUUGGGGAUUACUACAGCUACCCUAUCGCCACUAAGGUUACAAACAAGAUCAGGAACACCAUUGAAUUUCCCGCCGUCACCAUCUGCAACAGAUGCACCCUCAACAAGACACGUCUUGCGUCUUACCCCGAUCUUGAGUCAUAUUUCCGUGACUCAAGCCUGCAACAAAAGUCCAGCGGCGUAUAUAAUUUCGACGAUAUUGAUGACGGUAUCAUGCUGCAGCCGUUGUCGUUAGACUGGUGGACCAACAUGUCGAUGGAUGCCUCUUCGUUGUUUCAUCUGUGUUAUUUCGGAGGAGAGAGUAUCGACUGUUCAAGCAAUUUCCUACCUGUGUUCACCAACGAGGGUCUCUGUCAUACCUUCAACUUCAACGCCAGUGACAUUGUCAACGUGAAGAACUCCGGCAACGGUGCCAACCUAAUCAUAAACUACAACAUUGCCCAGCAGUAUUACACUUUCAGAGAAAACAUGGCGGCCGGGAUAAAGUACGUGUACCUGCCCGAUCCCUACAUGGCUUUUGAUGAAAUGGACUGUGUGGACACAAAUAGUCCCGACUUUGUGAAUCCUCUCAAGUACUACUCCCCUUACACCUACGACCAUUGCUUCAUGGAGUGUAUCCAGACCAAGGUCUUUAACCUGUGUGGAUGUGUCGGACCUUCUGAUCCACGAUCAAGAGGACCCGAUGUCCCAAUAUGCUCCCUGGAGAAGCAGGACACCUGUUAUUCGAUAUCUAUUCGUGAGUAUCAUACGCCCAGUUAUUGUAAUACUAGAAGUAACCAGUGUUGUGAUUCCAGGUGGGAACAGAUUCUCAGCAAGUAA